AAGUAGAUGAUGGGAGGAUGAACGUAAUCAAACCAACAGUGGACAAAGUAAUGGAAGUAAUACAAUCCGUUUCUGGURUUGGUGGGCCAUAUAAUUCUGCAGAGUCAAAUUCCGGGUAUACGAAUCCAGUGAAACCUGCAGUGUCGGAAACAACAGUACCACAAMCGGGAUCAUCRACAACCGCAGAACCGAUUACCACAGAUGGUUGUCCAGAGCAGCCAGAGGAGACCUAUCGGCCUAACUCGUGUAGUUGUUCGUAUAUCGUCGAAAACUUUUGCGAAGGUUGAUGCUAACUAUGUUGAUCAAGGCGAUUGAAUUCAUUCAUAUGUUUUCGUAAAAACUUCACUAAAAACACAAUACCAUCUUUUAUUGUAUAUGUCAUUAUAAUUAUGCUGUUUUAAAAUUUUAUCUAAUACCAAAGGACAACAUUUGAUUCAUAUUAUUCAAUAUCUAUUUUGCUUAUGUAUUGAGU